CACGCGCAAAACCGUCUAGCGCGCGGCCGUCUGCAACCCAAGGAAGCGUGGAAACUACAACUCCCAGAAUGCCGUGCGCCUCUAGGCUUGCGCGGUUGGGCAUCUUACCGCCAGGCCCGGAGAAAAGGAAGGAGAAGAGCAAGAUGGCGCUCACCAGUUUUUUACCAGCACCAACUCAGCUGUCUCAGGAUCAGCUGGAAUUGGAAGAGAGGGCAAGAUCCCAAAGAGUGAGACAGACUGCACUGGUAUCCUCACGAAGGGAGCCUCCUCCUUAUGGUUAUCGGAAAGGAUGGAUACCCCGAAUGUUGGAGGAUUUUGGAGAUGGAGGUGCUUUCCCGGAAAUACACGUUGCUCAGUAUCCUCUGGAUAUGGGCCGGAAAAAGAAAAUGUCCAAUGCGUUAGCUGUUCAGGUGGAUGCAGAAGGAAAAAUAAAAUACGAUGCUUUAGCUCGGCAGGGACAAUCGAAAGACAAGGUCAUUUACAGCAAAUACACAGAUCUGGUUCCAAAGGAAGUUAUGAAUGUGGAUGACCCUGAGCUGCAAAGACCCGAUGAAGAUGCUGUCAGAGAGCUUACAGAAAAGACCCGAGCAGCACUGGAAAAAUCCGUCUCCCAGAAAAUUGCAGCAGCCAUGCCAGUCCGAGCAGCUGACAAACUAGCUCCAGCUCAGUACAUUCGAUACACACCAUCACAGCAAGGUGUGGCCUUCAACUCUGGUGCAAAACAGAGAGUUAUUAGAAUGGUGGAGAUGCAGAAGGACCCCAUGGAGCCACCAAGAUUCAAGAUUAACAAGAAAAUUCCUCGAGGGCCACCAUCUCCUCCAGCUCCUGUAAUGCACUCUCCCAGUAGAAAGAUGACUGUGAAGGAGCAACAAGAAUGGAAAAUUCCUCCUUGCAUUUCAAACUGGAAAAAUGCAAAGGGUUACACCAUUCCAUUAGACAAGCGUCUGGCUGCAGAUGGCAGAGGACUGCAGACUGUUCACAUUAAUGAAAACUUUGCCAAGUUGGCCGAGGCUCUCUACAUUGCUGACAGAAAGGCUCGUGAGGCUGUAGAGAUGAGAGCCCAGGUGGAGCGGAAGAUGGCCCAAAAAGAAAAAGAGAAACAUGAGGAGAAACUCAGGGAAAUGGCACAAAAGGCCAGAGAGCGAAGAGCUGGGAUCAAAACUCACAUGGAGAAAGAGGAUGGAGAAGCUAGAGAACGAGAUGAAAUCAGACAUGACAGGCGAAAAGAGAGACAACAUGACCGGAAUCUUUCUAGAGCAGCUCCAGACAAAAGAUCAAAGUUGCAAAGGAAUGAGAACAGAGACAUUAGUGAAGUCAUUGCCUUGGGUGUUCCCAACCCUCGAACAUCCAAUGAAGUUCAAUAUGACCAGAGGCUCUUCAACCAGCAUAAGGGCAUGGACAGUGGUUUUGCUGGAGGAGAAGACGAAAUUUACAAUGUGUAUGACCAACCCUGGAGAAGUGGUAAAGACAUGGCCCAGAACAUCUACAGACCCAGUAAAAAUGUGAAUAAGGACAUGUAUGGUGAUGAUUUAGAAGCACAAAUAAAAACUACAAAUAGGUUUGUGCCUGACAAGGAAUUUUCUGGCUCAGAUCGCAGACAAAGAGGUCGAGAAGGACCAGUUCAGUUUGAGGAGGAUCCUUUUGGUCUAGACAAGUUCUUGGAGGAAGCCAAACAGCACGGGGGCUCAAAAAGGCCAUCUGAUAGCAGCCGCCCUAAAGAACAUGAGCAUGAAGGCAAGAAAAGGAGGAAAGAAUAAAGAACUGCUUUCUCUAGAUAGCAAGACUGAAUUCAGUACUUCAAGCAUUUUAAAGACAGGCUCCAGGGGAAUUGUCUUAACCAGUUGAUAAUCCCCAAUGCAGUGGAUAUAAAGCACCAUGAGCUCAAUAGGACACCUUACCCAAGGAACAGAGGGAAGGCAAAAUUGGACCACUGAGUUGUGUUCUGUAUUCUGGAUUCUAGCUAUGCCCUUCCCAUUUGUUUCCACACAAGUGAAGCACUAGACUAUUGUCUUGUAUCAGGAACUAUAUUCUGGCCCUAUCUUGAGUUCUACUUAGUUAAAGCUGUUUAUUCUAUCUGAAAUUUCCCUUGUACAUAGUUUUCCCUGCUUCUGCUGUAAUGUACUUGCAAGAGGGAAGGGUAUUGUGAUUCACUGUUGCUCUGCUGUGACUGUCAUUUUGAGCUUAGAGAAACAGCUGGAUUCAUUUAACUGAGAUGAAUACAUAUCCAUAAGUUUAUUUUAGUUUCUUUACAUGGCAGUGAAAUAAAGUCUCUUUCCUUUAA